AUGCAGCAACCUGGUCGCCGUCCUGCUCGUCGUCGCCCUCAUGCUCGCCGUAAGCCGCGGUGGUCAGAUAAAAGUGGUUGGAGACGACUGCCCGGCAGUCAGCACCCCGAUAAUGGACGAUCAGUAUCUGUCGCUGGUACCCGUCCUCGGCCGCAAGUACAACGAUCAGCCCGUCGGAGCGUGUCCGUUGACACGUCACGACCGGCCACGCGCAACCACCAGAAACGUUCAGCGAGGCCAGCCGGUCAGCGAUCUUGUGUGCGCCCGUUGUCGGCUCCGUCCACCGGCCGUUCCCAGUCACCUCAACGAAUACCGAAAACCGGUCGUAGUACUUGGACAUAUGGUCGACUGGCGCACUACGAUAUGCUGAUAGAAAGUCUUCACACCACAUCCUCUGAGCUGUGGGUUUCGUUAAUGAAUAUUUUCUUUAACUAUGUAUUAUUUUGUUCGUGA